UUUAGUGUUGAAAGAGUAAAUAGGAAUGUUGGUGAAUUAUUUUGCUUCAUAGAGUAAGAUGUAGGCGUUCUUUUCGCUGUCGGGGUAGCGUGUUUCUGUUACAUAGGAGUCGUUGAAGUAUUUCCAGGUGUCUCCUCUUUUACAAUAAGCAGUAUAAUGACCGCUCCUAAUACUUCCUUGGUGGCAAAUUAUACUGAUUAAGGAGUAAUUCUUUGUACUUUUAUCGUCUGUUUCAAUGCUGAAUUCUUUUUCAUAUUUCAUUAAUUCAUCAAUUUUUGCCAUAUUUGCUAUACCUAACCUUUGGAACGACAGUAGAAGAUACUGCGGGAACUUAACUAUAGUAUUCUCUAUAAUGCAUCUUGUAGUGUCUUUUCAUUUUUUUCAAAAGAACUCACUAGAUUCUGUUGUUGAACGAAUUUUUUCAAUAUUGAUUUGAUAAUCCUUUUGUCCUUCUUCAAAACAGACAGGAAUAUUCUUAAAUUCUUCAUAAAUUAUUGGCCCAUAGCUACACUUUUGUCAUUUAAAAGAGUUUUGGUUCAUGCCAACAAAAAACUGAUCUAUUAUAGAUGUAUGGUCUUUCUGGUAGUUUUCCCAGGCAGCUUGACUAGAUUUGUGACCAGAAGAUUUAAAAACAGGAGCAUUCUUGUUAUGCUCUUCCUGCAAUUUUUGAAAUAAUGAGAGUAUGUACUGAAUUGCAUCGUGCUGACGACGUUUUGGAAAAUCAUCAAUAAAACAGGCCCUGAGCUCUUGGGCAUUUACCACAUCGCCAGAAGGAUUGAACUGUAACUGUUGGUUCUUCUUCAAUAUCCUCCGAAGAAUCCUGCAAAUUAUUUUGAGGGAGAAAGCUUUUAAUGAAUGAAGAAGCUGAAAUCAAGCAUUGAAGGGAUGCAUUAGAAAAUCAAUCUUGAGAAGAGUUAUGUAA